CUCAUUUCAAAUUAUAGGCUGAUCGCUGUAUUUUACUUAACCUCGAACUCAGAAAUACAGUUUCGCGCCGGUUUAGUUGAAGUUUGGCGCUCUUGCGCACAGUAAAGUAGAUCAUCACUUUUACUCUCUCUAUCUGUCUCAAGUAUGACUUCAUUUUAAAUAAAAAUGGCGACCAUGUUACAUCGUGGUGUGAAUUUUGCGGAAAGUUUAGUACGAAAAAAUGGAAUUAAGAUUUUAUCCGUAGCACCAUGGCAAAACACCCAAACACGAAAGCUCAAUGUCUUGGAGCAUAUAUCCUUCAGCAUUUUGCAGGAAGGUGGCAUACCGACACCUCCAUUUGGUGUGGCAAAAUCAUCAGCUGAAGCAGCUAAAAUAGCUACGGAUUUGAAAACAAAUGACAUUGUACUCAAAGCACAAGUUUUGGCUGGUGGUAGAGGGAAAGGCCAAUUCAAAUCGGGCUUGAAAGGCGGCGUUCGAAUGGUUACAACGACAUAACUUUGGGAGAUGAGUUAAAUCUUCGGAGUAUUUCAAGAAGAAGUAGUAAAAGUCUCAUUGUCAUGUCAAAGUCUCAUUUCUCUGAUGAUGAUUUCACUUACACUCACAUAUCUUUCUAUACGGAGAGAUUCUAUACACAAUUACAAACGCAGAAUCAAAUUAAAUUUUUUAAUUAUUUUUAAAGAGAAAAUAUCAAGUUCUUACAUU